AUGAGUCAAGAGGAGAUAUGGGCUAAGUAAGAGGAAAUGAAUUUAUAAGUUGAGGAGGGUGAGUAAAGAAGGAAGAAUAAAAAAAGAGUAAUUACAAAUCCCAAUUAAUUAACAGGACAUUGGAGUGAAUAGGAACAUAACACAUAUUUAGAUUUCUUGAAUAUGCAUAGAACAGUCAUGGAAUCAUAAGAUUAAAAGAAAACUAGCAAGAUCUUCAAAUUGAUGAGUGAAACUAUUGGUACUCGAAGUCCCUCUCAAUGCCGGUCUCAUCACCAGAAGUUUAAUCCUUUUGUGCAUUCUGUAAAGAAGAGAUAGAAGGGAGUGGCUCGAAAGAGAAAGGAGAACGGAAACUAGGAUAAAGUAGACAAAUAUAAUGAGAAUGGUAUGUUGCAGCAAUUUAUGGUUGGGCCCCCAUUUUAUUAAUAGUAACAGGGUUUUCAGGAUUACUAAUUUCAGUUUCCUUAGAUGCCAUACAUGUUUCAGAUGUUGGAUCAGAUGGGCAAAGAUGAGGAUAAAAUAAAUAUAUACGAUCAAUAAUAGUUGUACUAUUAGUAAUACUUGAUGGCAUAACAGUAAUUGCAGCAGUAAAUGGAUGAGAAAAACCUGUUUUGUUAUUUUAUGUAGCCUCAAUAGGUUCAGAUGAAUUUGAAUUACUAUCCACCAUAGGUGAUAUCUAAUAUAUCAGAUGAAAUGAACAUCAAAGAUAAUCAAUUUGAUGAAUAAUGA